AAAGAUUCAAGUACUUGAUUCUCUAAUUUGUCUUGUGUUCCUUGGUUUGGUUAUUAUGUACAUUAUUUAUAUUUUUAGGGCCGAGCAAACUAAUGAGCAUAUAUACUAGUCCUGUUCUAAGAAAAGUGCAAGUUUGAAAUGAAGAGGAACCACUUAAACGCACUGUGUUUCGGCUUAAUAGUCGCCACAUUCUACACAUGCCGCAACACUGAGGCGUUGAAAUGCGAUCCUCAUACUGGUCCGAACGGAGUUAGACACUGCAUCAAACUGCCACAAUAUAACGACUUCCAAUGGAGUACUUGUCGUACAGACCUUUACAUCAGAGCAAAGACGGGUGGCAAGCACCACUGCGCACGUCGUGAUAUUACAUAUUGCUAUUAUCAGUGUAUGUUGAAUGUGUAUGGUGAAAACGGUGGUGAUGUUUAUGGAAGCUGCCGUUGCUCCCCAGGUAACAACUAUUAGAAGUAAUACCACCAUAAUAUAAGGGAAAUUAGCAAUCUAUGUAUGCCCCUUCGCAGGUUAGGUGCUGGCCCGCCCAGCAGUGCUGGGCAUGACUCUGGAGAAACGGAAUGACCGGAUAUGCAAUUUUGGACAUCCGGUUAGUUGUGCGAAUGCUGUUGCUCAAACCCCAACACUGAAUUCACGCGGGCGUCAUUAGUUGCAAUUUAAAUAAAGUCGUAAAAUUUAUUGAAAAUCAACCUCGUACACAGGGCCUGCCCGUCCGACUUUCUAUUAGAAAAUCGGACGGGCAGGGCCUGGGUACGAGGUUGGUCGAAAAUUUCAUACUUUUUACAUUGAAAUCAAUUGAAAAAUAUUUAUUUUGUUCUGCUAAAAGUUACAGAGUGAAUGUACACGGGGUGUAUAUAAACUAAGCAUUUUUAUGGAUUUUACCCGGUCAAGAAAUGGUAUCAAGACUUUACAAGAAGGCUACUGACAGAGUUUAUUGGAUAACUGUUGUAUUUUUACUGUUUUAGAAGUUAGAAUGCUCUAGAUUAUUACAUGCUAUAGCUAUUAGAUUAUAGUUUUCAUAAUAUUAAAAUAUCUAGAAUGUUUGAUGAUAGAUCUGUGGCUGGUUAACCUACAUUUUGUUUAUUAAAUACUUUGGUGCCUUGAUGUAUUGAUAGUUAAAAUGAGUAUGAGGGUACUUCUCUCUGUAUCAAUAUCAUUCCUUUGAUUUAACAUUGUGCUUUGUUAAUUUCAUUUUUCAUAUAAACUGUUCCGUGGUUAUAUGUAUUUAAUUUAUUUAACUGAGUCAUAAAAAAUUAUAUUUACAAUUAUUGAUGCUUGAAAAUAACUUAACUAAAUGCAAUUAUAAGACAGUGUUUGAAGUGUUUUUGCUGAUAUAAUAUCAUAACUAUUGGGUUUAACAAUUAACACAGGAUCGUGUCAUCAGGUCCUAUGAUAUACAUACUCAAAAAAAUAGUCUUUUAUCCACACAAAAAUUCUAUGCUCACUAUAUCCAAAUGAAUGGAAACAUUUUCAUAACAUUUUACAUUUUGAAUGUGCAAUAUGUCUGAUAUGAGACUAAGCGGCAGCUACAAAAUUAUUGUCAAGUAGCACCGAUUGACUUAAUAACUUGACUUGCUAUAUAUCAAUCUCAUUUGAUUUAGGAAGCUCAUGAUUUAAUUUAGAUGCAGUUUACUUCUGAAAGAGCUAAAAUCAUGACUAUUUGGAUCAAAUCGAUAAUAGUACAUGGACAUGAAUCACAUGAUUUUUCAAACAGGUCAAAACUAGCUUAUUUUUUAUAUUUAAGGUGGCUCGCUACAGUUUAUAGAAAUGUUGAAAAUGCGUAAACUAGAUCACCUCUUUGAAGAGAUGAUGCUCUUUACAAAUCGAAAUUUGUAUAUUAUAUAUACAGCGACAAUCAAACAAUCGAAAAUUGGUCAGAAAAGUGACGCCAUCACUGUUGCUAUGGCAACAAUGACGAUUCAAGAUGGCCGAUAUUUUGGCUUUGAACGCAUUUUACUUUAAAAAAGGUCGGUGUGAUGUACGGGUUAGAGACGGGGGACUGGGGAGAUUCAAGAUGGCGUGACUGAGUGAAAGCUUAAAUUGUAUAUUGUAUUAAGAUUGAAUAAAACCGUUGAGUUCGAGAAUAUUAUAUUGGCGACGAGGACUAAAAUUGCAACAACAUUUUACUCUGGAAACAUUGUAAUUGAUAAGGGAUACGAUACACGUUGGAUUAGUGUUUUUAUUACGUUUGAAAUUCAGAAAUUGAAAUCCGAAAAUCGAUAAAAUUUUGGGAAUAAUCCAAUGUGGCGACUGCAUUGGAUUUGUCAGGUUUGGGAAAUUUUGAUCCGCAUUCGGAUCCAACUACAUUAUCUGUACGAUGGAAAGAAUGGUUACGGCGCUACGAACGGUUUCUGGUUGCUAUGGAUAUAAAAGAUGAUACUCGGAAACGUGCUCUAUUGCUAUAUGCAGCGGGAAACGAAGUAGAAAAAAUUUUUGCAACGUUGUCUGAGGUAGGGGAAGAAAAAGAUUACAAGAAAGCGGUUGAAAAGCUGAACGAGUAUUUUUUACCUAAGAAAAAUGUGUUACUUGAAACCCAUAAAUUUCGCCAGUUAAAACAAAUAACUGAGGAAACAAUUGAUCAAUAUUGUACCAGGCUUAGACAACAAGCCAUCAUCUGUGAAUUCUCUAACAGUGAAAAUGAGAUUAAAAUCCAGCUUGUUGAAGGAUGUUUAUCAUCGCGAGUGAGAAGAAAAGCCAUUCAGGAUGAUUUAUCAUUAGCAAACAUAUUAGCAUAUGCAAGAUCUCUUGAAAUAACAGAUAAAGCUGUCAAAACAUUAGAAGAAGAUUGUGGGCAUUUAGCUCCCUCCUUGAGUGCGGUUAAUGCUAUACAUAACCAACAAGACAAGUCGAGUCAGUAUCAUGAACGAACGAACAGACAGCCACAUCAAUCAGCAACCCAGUAUCCUACAAGAAAUCGAUACUCCUACCCACUCAAGAAUGCGGGCCGAGAAAAUUCACGUGAGCAGCAACCGAAUGGUAAGAAAAUAUGUUAUAAUUGUGGGGAAAAUUAUUAUGCAGGUCAUCUUAGUGUGUGUAAAGCAAAGGGAAAAUCUUGUUUUUCAUGUGGAAAACAAAAUCAUUUCGCGACUAUGUGCCGUAGUCGUCAAAGGAACAAUAUUCCAGAAAAAGGGGAGAACAUUCAAGCCAUUAAUUGUACUGAAAAGCAAUUAAAUUCCUCUGAUGAAGAUUCAUAUGUUUUUGUUGUUACCCCACCAGUAGAAAAUGAGGUUUCCCCAAAUUCACGAGCAGUUAAAACCAUUCCAGUUAUUAUUGAAAGGGCUCAUGUUAAAAUGAUUGUUGACACUGGGGCAACAACAAACAUUUUAGAUUCCAAAGCAUUUAAUGAAAUCAAAAAGAAAAACCCCAGUUUACAUUUGCAACCAUCAACACACAAAAUUUAUGCCUACAUGCAAUCUCAACCUUUGCCAGUCCUUGGGAAAUUUGAAGGACUUAUUGAGUCAAAACACAGAAUGGCUGUUACAACAUUCCAUGUUGUAAACGGGGACGGUGGGUCAUUACUAAGUUAUUCCACAGCCACAGAGCUUGAUAUUGUGAAAAUGAAUGUGCAUGCUGUUGUUACCCAGUCUAGUUCUACAUCCUACACUGAUCCUCGAGAGGAUCAUAAACAGUUUGGCAAUGAGAACCCAGAAAUUCCUAAGAACCAUCAACCAGACUCACCAAUCAUGUCAAAGUUUAAAAAGGAAUACCCAGCAGUCUUUAAUGGCAUUGGGAAACUAAAGGGUCAUGAAGUACACCUACACCUUAAAGAUAAUGCUAAACCUAUUGUGCAAAAACCCCGAAAGAUACCUUUUCAUCUCCGUAAACAGACAGAAAAUAAACUGAAAGAACUGGAGGAAAGUGAUAUUAUUGAAUUCGUUCCAUCAGGGACACCUACACCUUUUGUAUCAAAUCUUGUUGUUGCACCAAAGCCUAACAAUCCAGCUGAAGUCAGAGUAUGUAUAGACAUGCGACAUAUGAACCCAAUGAUAGAGCGAGAACGUCAUGUUAUCCCUAAUAUUGAGGAACUCUUUGAGGACAUGGCUGGUGCUACAAUGUUUUCAAAAGUGGAUUUGACAGCUGGGUUUCACCAGUUACUUCUUGACGAGGAGUCACGAUCUCUUACCACAGUUCACACCCACAAAGGUCUUAUGCGAUAUAAACGUUUAUGUUUCGGAGUAAAUUCAGCACCAGAGCAGUUCCAAUAUGCUAUUCAACAAACACUCCAAGGACUGGAGGGAGUAAGGAACAUUGCCGAUGAUAUUAUUGUGUGGGGAAAGUCCCAGAAAGAACAUGAUACACACCUUGAAGCUCUCAUGAAAAGAACUCUCAGAAAACAAUCUUACCCUUAAUGUUUCUAAGUGUAAGUUUAAUGUAGACAGCAUUUGGUUCUAUGGUUACACAUUAUCAAAGGAUGGCAUUUCUGCAGACAAAACCAAAAUUGCAGCACUAGUUAACAUGAAAGAGCCAGAAGAUGUUUCCCAGUUGCGCAGCUUCUUGGGAUUGGCAACAUAUUGCGAACGGUUUAUUAAUAACCUGGCAACAAUCACGGCACCAUUACGCGAGUUAACCAACAAAGGCGCUGUUUGGAAAUGGACAGGCAGGCACCAACAGGCAUUCAACAAAGUCAAAGAAGAAAUUGCGAAAGAUUGUACCACUGCUUUUUAUGACCCAUCUAAACGAACUCGAGUAACGGUUGACGCAAGCCCAGUCGGAUUAGGGGCCAUUUUAUCACAGUUUGAUAGGGACGACAACGAGCGAAUUGUUGCGUAUGCAAGCCGUAGUCUCAGCAAGGUUGAACAGCGAUAUUCACAAACUGAAAAAGAGGCGCUUGGAGUUGUUUUUGGUUGUGAGAAAUUUCACAUGUACCUUAUUGGAAUUGAAUUUGAGUUGGAUACGGAUCAUAAACCGCUAGAAGUUAUAUACCAUCCCAAAGCGAAGCCAUCUGCGCGGAUUGAACGAUGGGCUCUCCGGUUACAACAGUACCAAUUUAAACUACGACACCGACCCGGUAAAACCAAUCCAGCUGAUGUACUAUCCCGUAAACCUUUGUCAACACUCGAAAAGAACAGCAUUGCAGAAGAUUAUGUAAAUUUUUUAACCGACCAUCUAGUGCCUAAAUCUAUGAACAGGCAGGAAAUUGAGGAAGCGUGUCAGAAGGAUGCUGAAAUGCAAGCUCUUAUAACGGCUAUUAGAAAAAACCGCUGGCCACGAAAACCAGCUGGUAACACUAACAACAAUAAGAACGAUAAUAACAUCGAUCUAACGCCAUAUCACAGUAUUUGUAACGAACUAACAGUUUCAGAUAACGGUAUCGUACUACGAGGAAACCGACUUGUUAUGCCCAAGAAACUACGAAGCCACACAUUAAAUAUUGCACAUGCGCAACACGAGGGUAUCGUGAAAACUAAAACCUUACUUCGAACAAAAGUAUGGUGGCCGGGAAUAGAUCGCCAGGUUGAAACGCUUAUCGCUUCCUGUAUACACUGUCAAGCUGCAAACAAUUCCAAAAUAUUUGAACCGCUGAAAAUGACCACAAUGCCAUCCAAACCAUGGCAAGUGAUUCAUGGGGAUUUUUGUGGACCAUUCCCCAGUGGGGAUUAUCUUUUAGUGUUAAUGGAUGAACAUUCCCGAUUUCCUGAAGUUGAAAUCAUUCGAUCAACUACAACCGCGGUCACUAUUGGAAAGCUCGAGAAAAUAUUUUCGGUUCAUGGAUUCCCAAUUGAAUUUGUUAGCGAUAAUGGUCCACCUUUUAACGGACAUGAAUUCCACAACUAUUUAGCACGAAAUGGAAUCAAACAUCGAAAGAUUACGCCAUACUGGCCGCAGGCCAAUGCACACGUAGAACGGUUUAUGAGGACUAUUGAAAAAUCAGUUAGAAUUGCUCACUCACAAGGAAAGAAUUGGAAAACGGAACUUUAUCGUUUUCUCCUAGAUUACCGCACAACACCACAUGUUACUACAGGAAUUGCACCGGCAGAUCUACUAUUCAACCGACAAAUACGUAACAGACUUCCAGAUAGCAACGCGAUGAUCCAAGAAGGGAAAGGGGGAAAUCAGGGUAAAACGUCUCCAACUACAAGUCGUGAAGCUGUACUUCAACGCGAUGCCAGGGAGAAAAACAAAAUCAAGGAUCGGGCAGAUAUACGAAACAGAGCUAAAGAACCCCAAUUCCGUAUCGGAGAUUUGGUAUUGUUGAAACAAAGUCAAAGAAAUAAGUUAUAUUUACCUUGGGAUCCAUCACCAUAUCGCGUAACGAGUAUAAAAGGAUCAAAAAUCACGGCCAAACGCCGAGGGGUUACGGUCACACGAAAUUCGUCACAUUUCAAGCGUGUAAUUCCUUACUUGCAAGAAGUGGACGAUCCAUAUUCAAACAGUAGUGAAGAAGAAGAGGAAGAAAUGGCAGCCCAGCAACAACAGGAAGAUCCAGAGAAUGAUAUCGCAAGUGAGUUAUCAGACGAAGAUAUUGAUAAUGCAGAGCAAGACCAGCCGUUAAAUCGAUAUCCAAGGAGAGAAAAUCGAGACAUUCGACCACAAUAUUAUGAAGAAGAAAUCGGUUGAACUGGACUGUAUUAGAUUGAAUAUUUACGUUACUGAAAAACAGUACCCGAUAAGUAAGAACAUUUAUGGUAUUUUAGUAUAGUAUCGGGAAACACUUAAAAACUUCUUAGGUUAAAAUUAAUUGGUUAUUUAUGAUUGUUUGAGUUACGUUUGGUCCAUAAAGAAAAGGGGAGAUGUGAUGUACGGGUUAGAGACGGGGGACUGGGGAGAUUCAAGAUGGCGUGACUGAGUGAAAGCUUAAAUUGUAUAUUGUAUUAAGAUUGAAUAAAAUCGUUGAGUUCGAGAAUAUUAUAGUCGGUUACCCCCAUUUUUUAUUCCAGAAAACAUUUUCUUAUAGUGCAAUGCACUAUCUGACCAAUUUAAAAAAAAUUCUGUAAUGCAAAAAAAAAUUAUUUCGAAAAAUCAUGUUUAUAAAUUUUUUAAAAAUUUGGCAUUACAGAUUUUUUUUUAAAAUUGGUCAGAUAGUGCAUUGCACUAUAAGAAAAUGUUUUCGGAAAUAAAAAAUGGGGGUAACCGACCUUUUUAGUCGCUGGGGCACUCUGUGCCUCCAGCGACUAUAGGUUUCGGCUUCAUCGCGGAUUGUUGGUCACAAAAUGACCUACGUCAUUUUUUUGUCAAACAUUACGUCAUUACUUUCAGUCGCUGGAUUCAAGAUGGCCGCUUACUUGGGAGCGUAUUUGGAAAUAAUUUCAUCGAUUUUGUGCAUAUUUUCUUCAAUUUUCGAUGAAACUUAAUAGUUUUCCUAUCAACCAGACUUUAUAAACCAAAGGUCAUCUUAUGAGUAAACUUGGAAGGCUGGAAGCCUGAAAUAGACGACAAAAGUUGACAAUUUUCACAAAAUUUGGAACUUCGUAAAUUGCAACAAUAAUAUUCGCAAGAUGCUGUUUAUUUGGAUGUAAAUAGAAUCUGCUUAAUGGGACAAGGGUUUAAUAGAGCUACUUGCCUUGCUGGCAAAUGAUAUUUUAAUAGCUCUCAGGACAGCUGUUCUCUCACAAUAGGUAUUGUACAAAUCAAACACACAGAACUUAUUAAUUUGUGUAAUAGAUAAAUUUGGCAAAGUUAGUUACAUUGUUGCUAUGCAAUUCACAACUUUAAAUAUUCAUGCCUAGUUAGUGUUCUACAGUAGUUCACACAUAAAAUAGAACAGAAGUAACUAUUAAAGCAUUUGAUAAGCCCUAUACACUCUAAAAGUCAUUCUUUUCAUUCAUGUAGCUCGAUAUAAAUUCUAAACAAAUUCUAGACAAAUUUGUUUAUCGUCUAUAGUCGGGGGACUUGUUUGUUGAACUUUGUUUUAAUUGUUCCUUGAAUCCCAUUUUUUACAAAAACAAUUUCAUUAUAUGAACACACAAACUUAAACAAAUAGCAGCAAUCUCAAUCACUGGCAUGCAGCGUAAUAUGCAAUAGCCCCAGCGACUAACGCUCAGUUGAGCGUCUUGUUUAAAGUAAAAUGCGUUCAAAGCCAAAAUAUCGGCCAUCUUGAAUCGUCAUUGUUGCCAUAGCAACAGUGGUGACGUCACUUUUUCUGACUAAUUUUCGACUGUUUGAUUGUCGCUGUAUAUAUAAUAUACAAAUUUCGAUUUGUAAAGAGCAUCAUCUCUUCAAAAAGGUGAUCUAGUUUACGCAUUUUCAACAUUUCUAUAAACUGUAGCGAGCCACCUUAAUUGAUGUAGCGAGGCACAAAACAGCUUUCUUUGCAAAACUAUAUGUUGUGAUCAAGGUGAGAGUUUUCAUCCCACGCUGUGUAAUAACCUAGCUGAAAUUGUUUCACGAUUACUAGGCAGCACGUUUCAGUCCGGGCUGAGUUAAAUUUCAGCACAAUAACCUCAGCCACAGUUAAUUUCGAAUUACACUGCAAGUCUGAUGAUGUUUUUGAGAGACAUUAGGGCCAUUUAUACCAGCGAGCAUAAGCCGCGGCUUAAUUAAAUAAGUCGCGGCGGAACAGUGCGAUUAUACGGUGUUGCUUGUUUGCAAUCGACGCCAUCUUCGUUGUUUUUUCGUGCCAACUAAAAAUCUAUAUUCUUCAUUCUUUGUCGUAAUGUGCCAGAAAUCGUAAACAAUCCAUAAUACAGUAAGAUAUUUUCAAAACAAACCAAAAAUAUUAAAGUAACUCAACUAUUUCGAUGUAAACGGCUGGACAAAAUUUUAUAAUCGACCAAGAUGACGCCCAAUGACACGUAGUGACGUCAUAUACACGCAAAGAAUUGUACAUGCUAAAAAUUAUAUCGUGAUUAGGGGCGGACCAUUAGAAAAGUGAUGGGGGUUGCGUCGGUUAUUUUUAUAAUCCCUUGCUCGAAUUUUAUUUUUUUCCCCCAAAAUUGCUGGCCAGCGGGGGCGGGGGGGGGGGAGGGGGUGAAAAUUUUUUUUCCGGGCUCAAAAAAGUUUGCAGGACAAGGAAAAAUAGGGUCAAAAAACUUUUUUUCGGACUAACAUCAUUUCAAUUAAGGUUUAAAACACAUUUUCCCCGAAAAAACUUCUUAAAACACGAUUAAAACGCUUAUUUUCGAAAUUUCGGGGACACCCUUACACUGUACCUCCGAUAGGCCCUGUAAUUUCCCUAUUGAAAAGUCUCUGCACGAAUUUUUUUUUCAGACAUUUCUAAUGCACGAUUUUUUUCUUUCUUUCUAUUUUCCCUGCUUGAAUUUUAUUUUUGUCCCCCCCCCCAUCACUUUUCUAAUGGUCCGCCCCUUUGGCAUAUUGUAAACACUGGACUGGACUUUGGACUAUGGCCUUUGGAAUUUGCACUUUGAAAUUAUAUUAUUUUACGAUUUUCGUAUAAUUAUAUUAAACUUAAACAGAGACCGAAAAUUUGCUGCUGAAAAGCGUGCUACACUGCCUGCAUAUGCAUGAUAUAAUAUACCAGGUUAAAAAUACUACCAGUUACACAGGUAUACCAAUGCAAUUUCAUAGAUAUAUAGCAGCGGCGGCGGAACAGAUUUCAUUCUGGGGGGGCUACAUUUUUUUCCGUUACCCUCCCCCCCCCGUCGCCAAAACAUUUUCGGUCAGUGUACCAUUUUAGGGGUACAAAAAUUUUUCCGGACAUAUACAAGAAAAGGGAUGAUAAAACAAAAAAAUUUUCCGGAAAUACACAAUUUUUAAACAAGACAUUUUUCCCCUUAUACCUAAAUUUUUAAAAAAACCCUAAAUUUUUCCUUAAUUAUCAAAUUGUUUUCAGAAAAAACUAAAUUUUCUGGAGGGCUAAGCCCCCCCCCCCACUAUUACUUCCGGGGGGGUUUUAGCCCCCCUAGUCGCCCCCCCCGGUUCCGCCGCCCCUGAUAUAUAGCCUGUAUAGGAUAGCAGGAUUAUCUAAUAUUUUUGGAUUAUCUAAAUUUUAUUAUAACAUGUACAUUUGUAUUUAUAGUAUGUAUGGUACUUAAUAAUUAUUAUACUUUAUACUGCAGAACUUCUACUUUAUCAUAUAGAUGAUAGAUUUAUACGGAAACAAUUGUGACAAAAGUAUCUAUAUAGUCUAAAAGUAUCUAUCGGCAAAUACAAAAUAUUUAGAAACUAUAAACUACAAGUGAUUAUUAUUGCGCCUAUUGUAUUAUGUAUCUAUCGUUCAUCCUUGCAUAAUAGUUUAUACCAUUGCUGUAUUGUGUAACUGUUUACUUAUUUUUGAAAGGCAUUCUUUAGCUACAUUAAUGAGGUUUAUCAUCUCAUUAUCUAUUGUCUUAAUUGCACUCGACGCGAGUCACGCGACCAAAAUUCGACAUAUAAAACUGACGUGGGCUUUAGGGGCUUAAGUGUUAUAGUAAAUGGACAGGAACUAUUCGAACAUCAUUUUCAGUUUGUCCUUAUAUUAUGCAUUUCAUGUAAUGAUUCGUUCAUUAUUUUCUAGACCUUAAUGAAUGUGUACUCGGAACUCAUGGUUGUAGUGUGAAUGGUUUCUGUACAAACACUUCUGGAUCUUACACGUGUCAAUGUAACCCGGGCUACACUGGAAACGGAUUUACUUGCAUAGGUAAGCUAUAAAACAAUUUUCUAUCUUAGCUUAUCAUUUUUAUUAAAAGAAGUCUCUAUUAUCAUGCAUGUAAGUAUAGCGAUUUAACUCAGUACUAAAAAAGACAUUGUAGGCGAUUGUAGUUUAAAAUGAGUGUUACAAGUGAUCUUAUUUUUGAAAGGCAUUCUUCAGCGAUAUUAAUGAGGUUUAUCAUCUCAUUAUCUACAGUGUGUAUAAAAAAGACCUGAACCCUUUCAAAUUCAAAUUAGCUAUAACGUAUUGUAGUAAUUUGACAGCUCGAAUUGCUUUGAAUUAAUGGUUGGGUAAGAACACAAGGUACUUGUACUCAUGGGACGAAACUCAAAGAAAUAAAAAUUAGAAAAUUUAAUAGUUUUUAAGAGUUUUGUCCCAUGAGUACAAGACCUUAAUGUGUUCUUACCCAACCAUUUACUCAAAGCAAUUAGAGCUGUCAAAUUACUACAAUACGUUAUAGCUAAUUUGAAUUUGAAAGGGUUCAGUUUUUUUUAUACACCCUGUAUUGUCUUAAUUGCAUUCGACGCGAGUCACGCGACCAAAAUUCGACAUAUAAAACUGCCGCGGGCUUUAGGGGCUUAAGUGUUAUAGUAGACCCAUCCACAAAAAGGGGGAUAAAGAUCAUGUAGAAAAUUAUCGGCCAAUUUCUCUUCUCCCACUUGUCUCCGAAGUCUUAGAUCGUUGCGUAUUCAUUAGUAUCAAAGAACAUGCUUUCAGUCAAAUAAAUUCUUGCCAACAUGGCUUCAUUUCCGGAAAAUCAUGCGUGACACAACUAAUUGAAGUUUUAGAUACCAUUGGCAGCCAAUUAGAUCUCGGAAAGCAGAUUGAUGUGAUCUACCUGGCUAUGUCAAAGGCAUUUGAUAAGGUUAGUCACGUACGUCUUCUACAUUCUCUCAGAGAAUUUGGAUUCGGAGGAAAUCUCUUAAUGUGGUUUAAUUCUUACUUGAAAAAUCGCCGACAACAAACUACUGUUCUCGGUGCAACAUCGACAGCACUACCAGUGAUAUCCGGAGUACCACAAGGUUCCAUUCUUGGCCCGCUACUUUUCCUCUUAUAUACCAAUGACCUAUCUUCUUCCAUCGUGAAUUCGAACGUAGCAGCUUUCGCUGAUGACAGUAAGAUUUUUAAAGUGAUUAACUCCAGUACCGAUGCAAUGAUAUUACAAAAUGAUCUUCUCAACUCUAAUUCCUCCUCAUCCAAUGCUGGUGCGCAUCUUGACACAUCAAAAUGUAAAACCCUCCAGGUCACCAGGAAACACAACAAAAAAGAUUUCCCUUAUCAACUACAAGAUACCACAUGCACUAGAAAAGACUGAUGCGAACUCGGUUUAGGUGUAUGGACGAAUUAUGAUCUCACUUGGUCAAAGCAAGUUACACAACAAAGUAACAAAGCUAAUAAAAUGCUGGGUUAUAUUCGAAGAUCAACUUUCAAUAUUCGCGAGUUUGCAAUUCGACGAACACUGUACCUUUCUCUGGUUCACUCACACUUAGGAUAUGCCACCCAAUAUGGGCGCCCCAAACAGUUGAGUUGGUGAAAAGAGUAGAACGAGGUCAGAGGCGUACAACUAAAUAUAUUUUAAAUGUUCCCUUUAUUUGUGAUACUCCUUGCAACCAGUUUGCUCCCUCUCAGCUACUGGCACGAAUACCUGGACGUAGUAUUCUUCUAUAAGGCAUGCAAAUCACGACAUUUUUAAUAUUGAUAAAAAAAUUCGUCCAUUUCCUCAACCUCAGGGUCAAAGACAGACAAGAUCAUUUAAUCCCAACUCGCACAAAUAUAAAAUUCCGACAUACAAGACGUCUACCUAUGAAAAAUCUUACAAAAUCCGAACAUCAAGAAUAUGGAACACACCACCUAAUCAUAUUACAUCCAAAGACCGAACAUUUUCAGAAUUCAAGAAUCUUCUUCUUAAGUACUAUAUUUUAGCAUUAGAAAAUACAUCCGUUGUUGAGGAUCCCCGGACAUGGAAAAGUGUGUGUAUAAAAUGUAAUUCCGCUCGAAGUUUAAUGAACUUUCCAUUGACAUGCCGCUUUUAGACAAAUGUAAUGACUGUUGUUCAAGUAUUGUUUAUUGUGUGUGUUUAGUAUACCUUGCAAAUUAUUUCUGUAUAACUAUUGGGGCCGCUGUAAUUGGCAAUAGCUGUUGUGGUUUCCCAGCCAACGAAUGUAUAAGUAUGAUGGCAAAGUAAAUAAAUAAAUAAAUAAAUAAAUAAAUAAAUAAAUAAAUAAAUAAAUAAAUAAAUAAAUAAAUAAAUAAAUAAAUAAAUAAAUAAAUAAAUAAAUAAAUAAAUAAAUAAAUAAAUAAAUAAAGAGAUGGACAGGAAUAUUCGAACAUCAUUUUCAGUUUGUGCUUAUAUGCAUUUCAUGUAAUGAUUCGUUCAUUAUUUUCUAGACCUUAAUGAAUGUGUACUUGGAACUCAUGGUUGUAGUGUGAAUGGUUUCUGUACAAACACUUUUGGAUCUUACACGUGUCAAUGUAACCCGGGCUACACUGGAAACGGAUUUACUUGCACAGGUAGGCUAUUAUACAAUUUUCUAUCUUAUCAUUUUUAUUAAAAGAAGCCUCUAUUAUCAUGCAAGUAAGUAUAGCGAUUUAACUCAGUACUAAAAAAGACAUUGUAGGCGAUUGUAGUUUAAAAUGAGUGUUACAAGUGAUCUUAUUUUUGAAAGGCAUUCUUCAGCGAUAUUAAUGAGGUUUAUCAUCUCAUUAUCUACAGUGUGUAUAAAAAAAACUGAACCCUUUCAAAUUCAAAUUAACUAUAACGUAUUGUAGUAAUUUGACAGCUCUAAUUGCUUUGAAUUAAUGGUUGGGCAAAAACACAAGGUCUUGUACUCAUGGGACGAAACUCAAAGAAAUAAAAAUUAGAAAAUUUAAAAGUUUUUAAGAGUUUUGUCCCAUGGGUACAAAACCUUGUGUUCUUACCCAACCAUUAACUCAAAGCAAUUAGAGCUGUCAAAGUACUACAAUACGUUAUAGCUAAUUUGAAUUUGAAAGGGUUCAGUUUUUUUUAUACACCCUGUAUUGUCUUAAUUGCAUUCGACGCGAGUCACGCGACCAAAAUUCGACAUAUAAAACUGCCGCGGGCUUUAGGGGCUUAAGUGUUAUAGUAGACCCAUCCACAAAAAGGGGGAUAAAGAUUAUGUAGAAAACUAUCGGCCAAUUUCUCUUCUCUCACUUGUCUCCAAAGUCUUAGAGCGUUGCGUAUUCAUAAGUAUCAAAGAACAUGCUUUCAGUCAAAUAAAUUCUUGCCAACAUGGCUUCAUUUCCGGAAAAUCAUGCGUGACACAACUAAUUGAAGUUUUAGAUACCAUUGGCAGCCAAUUAGAUCUCGGAAAGCAGAUUGAUGUGAUCUACCUGGAUAUGUCAAAAGCAUUUGAUAAGGUUGGUCACGUACGUCUUCUACAUUCUCUCAGAGAAUUUGGAUUCGGAGGAAAUCUCUUAAUGUGGUUUAAUUCUUACUUGAAAAAUCGCCGACAACAAACUACUGUUCUCAGUGCAACAUCGACAGCACUACCAGUGAUAUCUGGAGUACCACAAGGUUUCAUUCUUGGCCCGCUACUUUUCCUCUUAUAUACCAAUGAUCUAUCUUCUUCCAUCGUGAAUUCGAACGUAGCAGCUUUCGCUGAUGACACUAAGAUUUUUAAAGUGAUUAAUAACUUCAGUACCGAUGCAAUGUUAUUACAAAAUGAUCUUCUCUACUUUAAUUCCUCCUCAUCCAAUGCUGGUGCGCAUCUUAACGCAUCAAAAUGUAAAACCCUCCAGGUCACCAGGAAAUACAACAAAAAAGAUUUCCUUUAUCAACUACAAGAUACCACACUAGAAAAGACUGAUUGCGAACUCGAUUUAGGUGUAUGGACGAAUUAUGAUCUCACUUGGUCAAAGCAAGUUAUACAACAAAGUAACAAAGCUAAUAAAAUGCUGGGUUAUAUUCGAAGAUCAACUUUCAAUAUUCGCGAGUUUGCAAUUCGACGAACACUGUACCUUUCUCUGGUUCACUCACACUUAGGAUAUGCCACCCAAUAUGGGCGCCCCAAACAGUUGAGUUGGUGAAAAGAGUAGAACGAGGUCAGAGGCGUACAACUAAAUAUAUUUUAAAUGUUCCCUUUAUUUGUGAUACUCCUUGCAACCAGUUUGCUCCCUCUCGGCUACUGGCACGAAUACCUGGACGUAGUAUUCUUCUAUAAGGCAAAUCACGACAUUUUUAAUAUUGAUAAAAAAAUUCGUCCAUUUCCUCAACCUCAGGGUCAAAGACAGACAAGAUCAUUUAAUCCCAACUCGCACAAAUAUAAAAUUCCGACAUACAAGACGUCAACCUAUGAAAAAUCUUACAAAAUCCGAACAUCAAGAAUAUGGAACACAGCACCUAAUCAUAUUACAUCCAAAGACCGAACAUUUUCAGAAUUCAAGAAUCUUCUUUUUAAGUACUAUAUUUUAGCAUUAGAAAAUACAUCCAAUGUUGAGGAUCCCCGGACAUGGAAAAGUGUGUGUAUAAAAUGUAAUUCCGCUCGAAGUUUAAUGAACUUUCCAUUGACAUGCCGCUUUUAGACAAAUGUAAUGACUGUUGUUCAAGUAUUGUUUAUUGUGUGUGUUUAGUAUACCUUGUAAACUAGGGUACCUGCAGGUAGGGAUUGCUGCGGGCAUUAAAAGCAUGCAAAUAGAACUACAGUAAAUAGCACAGAUUAUAUAUCAAGCACAGUUAUUACUCGCAGCGACUAGUGAGCUGUGAGCUUAAUGCCUUAACCGAGUAAGGAAUCGAUUCUUACCAUGAGUGGAACUGAGAAAUCGAAAUAGCAUGCAAUAUAUAUUUAAAGUAGCCAAGACCAGGGGUUAAAAGGCAAUCACAGGUGACAGAUAUUAAACAUGUGCGUUUCAUUGACAUCAGGUAAAUUAAUUAUAUAACACAAGUUGUUGCUAUCAGAUUUCAUAUCAAGUGUGUUUACUGCUAGGCGCAUUUACCACAUUAUAUAGCCUACAUACACAGAUUUAUUACACUAAGAAAUCAAAACUUGAUAAGAAUAUAGAACUGACAGUGGCCAAAGUCAAUGCAUUGAGUGAACAACGCACGAAUCAAUGCAAAAAGAACGAUUAAAUUAGAACACCGAAUCGUUUUGAAAACUUGUGCUAUUAGCCGGACUGCCGAAGCGAAGGCCUUUCAAUACAUGUGCUUCCACGUAUACUUGAAACAUCACUUGAUGCAAAAUAUGGAAAUCAGCAAGAGAAAGCAAAAGCGAAUGGAUAGAAAAACAUUUAAAAUACAUUUCUAUGUAAGACUUCCAUGCUUUACAGCACUAACAGCUCAAGCAUAGUCGAAUAGUCGAUGGCACAUUGGCCGAAAAUAUAGUUUAUAGGCUAUACAAGUGUACGGAAGGCGAAUAUAAAUAGCAAGAAAACAAUGAAGUGAAUACAAUCGACAAAAGGUUACCUUUCGAGAGAACAAGUCUUCUUGAGAAAAACGAAAAACUUUAUACCACUGCGGCGAAACUCAAGUGUGAGAAAUUAGAGUCAGGCAGUCAGCUUCCACGUGCCAACGACUGUAUAAUAUUUAAGUUUACUGCGCAUCUACUGCGCGCGACCACAAUUCCUUGCGUUUAGAAAAAUUGAGAAAUCUUGCCCCUCUACACAAAUUAGGUCUGCUGCGUCGCUCGCUCGCUUCAGGCUCGCUCGCUUCCGCAGCAAUUAUUUCUGUAUAACUAUUGGGGCCGCUGUAAUUGGCAAUAGCUGUUGUGGUUUCCCAGCCAAUGAAUGUAUAAGUAUGAUGGUAAAGUAAAUAAAUAAAUAAACAGAUGGACAGGAAUAUUCGAACAUCAUUUUCAGUUUGUCCUUAUAUGCAUUUCAUGUAAUGAUUCGUUCAUUAUUUUGUAGACCUUAAUGAAUGUGUACUCGGAACUCAUGGUUGUAGUGUGAAUGGUUUCUGUAUAAACACUUUUGGAUCUUACACGUGUCAAUGUAACCCGGGCUACACUGGAAACGGAUUUACUUGCAUAGGUAGGCUAUUAUACAAUUUUCUAUCUUAUCAUUUUCAUUAAAAGAAGCCUCUAUUAUCAUGCAAGUAAGUAUAGCGAUUUAACUCAGUACAAAAUAAGACAUUGCAAGUGAUCACUUAUUAUUAUUAAUAUUAAUUAAUUUUAAAUUUGUAAGCUAUCCAAAUGUAUAUACAUAUGUUUGAAAGUUAUUCAUGAAUAACUUUCAAACAUAUGUAUACAUUUGGAUAGCUUACAAAUUUAAAAUUAAUAAUACCGCCAAUUAAUGCACCAUACAUUCUUAUUUUGUAAUUAGUACAUGCUAUGAGAGUUUUCGUGUUCACUAUGGCUGAAUACAUAUAUGAAAAGCUAAACGAAGUGGCUAAUUCGUACUGCCACAGCACGCCGAGUUUGAUUUGUUAUUCGUUGAGAAACUAUGAACUACUAGAAAUACAUGCAUGCAACAACCCCUCGCCUAUAUUUUCAAACAUUGUUUCAACAUGAAGUAUCCAUAAUUACGCCAACAUGGUGACACGAAUCACGAUUUUUUAAAUUUUUGUGCAACGCUGCAAAAAAUAGAUGAAACGUGAACACUUUUUAAACACAGAACUAUCAAUUUCUAAAAUAUAUAAAGUAGGUAUAUUAUUUUGGUUUUCAUGGGCUUUAUUUUAAUAUAAAAUUCAGAACGAAACUCUACGUAAAACGUUUUUAAAUAUGAAUUGAAAUCAGCUGCUUUUUGCCGACAUUUAUAUAAACUCUUCAACUCAAGCUUCUACCGUAUUACUCGCACUUUGAAAGGAAAUAAAUUUAAUUCGUACAGGACGCUAAUGAAAAUAAUUUGCUUUCUUUUUUAUAAUGAACUUCUACAAAGGUUAAUUUAACUAAGAAACGUUCGCAAACAAUGCAUAGGAAAUACUUGAACAUCAAGAACAAAGUCCACAUUAAUACAAAGUCAUGCAUAAACAAUUGAAACUAACUUUCCCAAUACUUUAGGAUUUCUCAUACUAAAUCAAUUCUUAUAAAUGUUUACGUUUAUUAAAAAAUGGUUAAAAGUUUUACAAUUUGUUAUGUGAAACGACAUGCAUUUUUUAUAUUUGUUUCCUCUUCACUCCUGGCAAACAGCCAUAUUUUGAGAUCAGUGGGAUGACCACCCACCGAACCACUCACGGUAACCCACGCGCGCAAUCAUUGAUGAACUUUAGACUUCGCUAAUGCUUUCGUUUCCCCGGGUGAAAAUAGCCGGGCGGAAUUAGUACCCUCGCUCCGGGCUUACGCACGGAACGGCGCUCCGCGCUGUUGGCUCGGGGACAAGCGAUUACUAUUGCGCCUGUUGUAUCAUGCUGAUCUAUUUGUUAAUUGUUCAUCUUUGCAUAAUAGUUUAUACCCAUUCAGCGCCUGCCUAAAUAGGCUGUGUUUACAAUGUAUUUUGUGUCUGUCUUAGCUUUCGAAGUGGCUAUUCGUACUGGAUUAUGUCACCCUAUGUCAUUCUUACAUUUCGUAAUGUAGUAUAAAAUAGUUUUUUGCAACAGCUUUCAGCGAGCUUGCUGGUAGCGUAUUCGGCAAAGGCGUUGCGUGCGUGGGAAGCGGAAACGAGGUCGGGCCCGGUUUAGUUUUAGCCGUCGGCCGUUUGAAAAGGGUUUGAGGUUGGGGUCAGUUUAUCUUAAAUAUUCCAACUGCAGUACAUGCAAUUGUUUCUUUAAAUUUAUUAUCUAUAUGAUAAAGAAGAAGUUCUGUACUUGACUGCAGCCGGUAUAAACUGUAAUAAUUAUUAAGUACUAUAAAUACUAUAAAUACAAAUAUUAUUAUAAAAUUUAGAUAAUCCAAAAAAUAUUAGAUAAUCCUGCUAUCCUACAGGCUAUAUAUCUAUCAAAUUGCACUGGUAUACCUGUAUAAUUACUGACCCUCAUCAAACCUAUUGUUUUCGGCUGGAAGACUACGUUACUGCUUGUCAGGUCGACUGUAUGACAAUGAACCUAUACAACGUUGCACUAGACAUUUGUAAGGACAUGCAUUUAGUUUACAUGCGUUCUAGUUUACAUAUUAUCAUUAAUGAUAUAGUCAAUUCAAAGAGCGUAUUAAACUGGAUAAACACGGGAAUAGAACUUAUGGUGUGUUUUGCACAUGCGUAUGUCUAGGAUAAAAUCCCACAAGCGCAAACGAAACUAUUGCUCUAUAAAAUUGAACUGAAAGGACUCAGAGCGGCCGUUUUGGCAGUGCUUCAGGCACCCGCCGAAUCUAGUUUAAUUGGAUCAACAAUACAAUCAAGACAGACAAGAAGGAGAAGAGAAGAACAGACAAAGUCGCAGUGGAGGAAGAACAAGAAGAGUUGGUGGAGCAAGUAGUUACGCAGUGGAGUGAAGCAGCAGUUGAGGAAGUGACGGAUGGUGAGGCAACGAUUAACAUAGCAACGAUUGGUCAGGCAGCCGCGAUGGAUUUUGCUGCAGCUGUUCGUGUCAAUGGUGGGGAGCAGCCAAGGGUUCAUCCUAUUCGCCAGGGUGAGCCGAGGCUGCGUCGUCCAAAUACGAUUGUAUUGCAUACAAACCAUUUGGAGGGUUUGUCCGUAAAGGAUGUCAUUCAAGCAAUUGUUAAUGUUGUUGGUGUGGAUGUUGUUAAAGCUGUGCAGUCAAUGCCCUAUGGUCGAUAUAGGGUCACAUUUCGUACUAAUGAAGCUAAACUGGCUUUCUUAUCUCAGCCUUUUAACAUUAAGAAUGUGGAAAUCAAAUUGAGAACCCAAUUGUGGAGGUGAAAGUGUUGUACGUUCCUAGUGAAGUGCCCAAUAAAGUCGUUGCGGAGUUUCUUGGUAAUCAUGGGAAGGUAGAGACGAUAACACACGAAAUGACGACGGAGCAUGGCUUCCCCACGAUUGAAACGGGAACAAGAGUCGCCAAGAUGACUGACAUUAAAACCGAUAUCCCACGAAAGUCAAGAAUUGGACACUUCCCCGUGGAAAUAAGACAUAAAGGUCAACUCCCUCAAUGUUUUCGUUGCCGUUUAUUGGGCCAUCGUGCGAAUGAGUGUCCGAAUGAUGUAGUUUGUUUUAAGUGUGGUUUGUCUGGACAUAUUCGUGAUAAGUGUUUCAAAUGUUUUCGCUGUGGCAAGUUUGGUCACGUCCGAGAGAACUGCCCUGAGUUGCAACACCCACGCGUACCGCCCGCUUCUGCUGAUGGUAAUUCCACCGCCCGGGUCGCUGACACGGUGGCACCAGUAACCGUCGAAUUAAUGGAAACAGAUCGCCGUAACGUGAACUUAGUAGCCCAAAAAGGGCAGUCUCACAGUUCCGCCCCAGUUAUGUCACACCCUGAGUCUCAGGAUCCCUCCACGUCGCAGAUCCCUUCAGAGUCCCAGGUCUCUCCUGUGUCCCAGGCCUGCCCCGUGUCCCAUGUCUCCCCCGUGUCCCAGGAUGCCACUCAGUCCCAACAGCCCAAUGCAUUAUUAAAUCGUGAGUCCCAUGAACUCAACCUGUCCAGUUUACAGGAUGAAGGACGUAUGGAUUUAGAUGCGGAACCGCUGAAGCGGGGACCGGAUGGCAGUACGUGGACAGAGGUACGGAAGAAACCUAAACCUAAGUGA